CGAGAGGGAAAGUCAUAACAACCGCACGAGGGAGUUCCACUGGCGAGCUGGAAGGCCACGCCUCCUCCCGCCUCCCCCCGCAGCCCUGUAGCUGGGGGCAGAGCUCAGACUGUCUUCUGAAGAUUGAUGUCUAUUUCCUUGAGCUCUUUAAUUUUGUUACCAAUUUGGAUAAGCAUGGCACAAAUCCAACAGGGAGGUCCAGAUGAAAAAGAAAAGACUACAGCACUGAAAGAUUUAUUAUCUAGGAUUGAUUUGGAUGAACUAAUGAAAAAAGAUGAACCACCUCUUGAUUUUCCGGAUACCCUGGAAGGAUUUGAAUAUGCUUUUAAUGAAAAGGGGCAGUUAAGACACAUAAAAACUGGGGAACCAUUUGUUUUUAACUACCGAGAAGACUUGCACAGAUGGAACCAGAAAAGAUAUGAAGCUCUAGGGGAGAUCAUCACGAAAUAUGUAUAUGAGCUCCUGGAAAAGGACUGUAAUUUGAAAAAAAUCUCUAUACCAGUAGAUGCCACUGAGAGUGAACCAAAGAGUUUUAUCUUUAUGAGUGAGGAUGCUUUGACAAAUCCACAGAAACUGAUGGUUUUAAUUCAUGGUAGUGGUGUUGUCAGGGCAGGUCAGUGGGCUAGAAGGCUUAUUAUAAAUGAAGAUCUGGACAGUGGCACACAGAUACCUUUUAUUAAGAGAGCUAUGGAUGAAGGAUAUGGAGUAAUAGUGCUGAAUCCCAAUGAAAACUAUAUUGAAGUAGAAAAGCCAAAGAUACAUGUACCGUCAUCUUCUGAUAGUUCAGAUGAACCAGCAGAAAAACGGGAAAGAAAAGAUAAAGUCUCUAAAGAAACAAAGAAACGACGUGAUUUCUAUGAAAAGUAUCGUAACCCCCAAAGAGAAAAAGAAAUGAUGCAGCUCUAUAUCAGAGAAAAUGGUUCUCCUGAAGAACAUGCAGUCUAUGUUUGGGACCAUUUCAUAGCCCAGUCUGCAGCUGAGAAUGUGUUUUUUGUUGCUCACAGUUAUGGAGGACUUGCUUUUGUUGAACUGAUGAUUCAACGAGAAGCAGAUGUAAAAAGUAAGGUAACUGCUGUGGCGUUGACAGACUCUGUUCACAAUGUGUGGCAUCAAGAAGCAGGCAAAACGAUUCGAGAAUGGAUGAGAGAGAAUUGUUGUAAUUGGGUCUCUAGCUCAGAACCAUUAGACACAUCAGUGGAGUCCAUGCUGCCCGAUUGUCCUCGAGUCUCAGCAGGCACCGACCGUCACGAGCUAACUUCCUGGAAGAGCUUCCCGUCUAUUUUCAAAUUCUUUACCGAAGCCUCUGAGGCAAAGACCAGUUCCCUCAAGCCGGCUCUGACGCGGCGCUCCCACAGAAUAAAGCACGAAGAGCUGUAAGAGGAGAACGAGCGAGACGGGGGAGGGGAAGCAAAGGCACCACACUCGAGCAUGCAUCCACACGUCUCCUAACUGCUUGUUGUCGGCGAGCAGACUCCCAGCCCCUCAUUAGAUUGUUUUCUUCCUAGAGCACAGGGUCGUGAUAUAUACAUCUAAAUAGCGUUUUGCAUUAUUUCUAGAUGAGUGCAACUGUCAAAGCAAUAUGGGUUCACUGGUCGCGCUUCCUGCGGGCUGAGCUCGGGCUAUGCGCUGCCCGUCAGCGCGCAGAUUAAGGCUGACAGCGCCCUGCCCGGCGCGGCCGGCGCGCUUCUAAUUGCCCUGACGGAGCCUGCCCGGCACUGCGGGGCGAGCGGCGUCUGCGCGGUCCUACCGCCCGCUGCAGCGCAGCCGCUGCUUGCCCUGGCUACCGGCCCCCCUCAAUCAUGUCCUUUUUUUUUUUUUUUUUCCGCCGAGCAGAGGCAAACUUUUAUUCUAGAUUUCAAACUUCCAUUUUAAGUAGGUCUCUCCUAAGGGCCUCUUGAGCCUCUUUUUCUUUUUUUUUUUUUUUUAAAGGAAGUUUCCCCCACCUCAUCCCCUCAGAAAAGCCAAAUUUAAAUUCAAAACGUGAAUGCAGUGAUGUGCUAUGUAGUCUUGGGAGGGCAAAUUGUUCUCUAACAAUCUAUUUUCAUUUCGAGACCAGAAGAAAAACUUUGCAUAAGAAUCUAUGAAGUACCGAUUACACUUUACCGCUGAAAGAUCCUUGCCAGUUGAAUAGGAGGUUUUUACACAAGUCUCUAAUUUCAGAAGACGUUGUUUAAACCGAAACAUAAAUGAUGAGCAAAUCUUUUAAGUGUGAAAGGUCCCAUUUUCAGUGGAAUUCCUAACUUUAUCAUUAGAAUUGACUUUACUUUUUAAAUGUGUAAUGUGUAUUGAGUGGCAUUGUAAUUUAGAUCGCACACUUGUUUUGCUUUUUAAAUCUUAAUGUGGACAAAGUUUGCUGUUGUGGAUAAUCCUAACUAGAAUGAUCUAUUCUGAUUCAUGGAGUUCGAUCCUUUUAGGGAUAGUAUUUUAUGGUCAUCAGGUGAAUGAAUCUUGUCCUCUUUCGCCUUCUCCUUCAGAGAGGCUGACUGGGGCUAAGAUUAUUUUUUUUUAGUUUUCUGCUCCAACAGAAGGGGAAAGACCUAGUGUGAAAUAUUUUUUCCUCUCAAUCCAACGACAUAAUUUUUAGUAGUCCACUUCCUCUGCAGGGUUUUGCCCUACAGUUUCAACAAUUUUUGUAAUCCAGCUAAUAUCUGGCCAACACUGUGAAAUAUAGGAAGUAAAAUAAGUUAAGAUUUUGCUGACUUUUACAUUCAAAUAUUAAAUCUUAACAUCAAUUUUUAAUUACUUGAAUUUAGUUACUUAGUGAAGAUUCUGUUUCUAGCAGAUGAGGGUCUGAAUUUAAUAUUUUUCAUCCUUUUUUAAAGCGUAUGCAACAAUAUGCCUGCCUUAUUUAAGGACAUGACAAAAUGUACCCAAAACGACUUAGAACUGUCUGACUUCUCAGAAAAAAGAACUUAAAAUAACCACCUCAUGGAUAAAAUGUUUUUAUAUUAUGAACCGAUUUCAGCAAGUUUUAAAACUGAAAAUAUCUGUGUUUGGUAUGCAUUAAUUCGUUCUUAUACUUUUAAUGAUGGCAAAUCAAAAUGAUCUUCUUUCAGUGGUCAUAUAUGCAUAUCUUCUGAUAUUAUUUUAGCAGAAACAUUGUAGGAGAAAACAUCAAAACGUCAUUUUAUCCAACUCCUGGAUAACUUAAAAUGUAUCACCUCAACAGUGUCCAUCCAGCGUGUUGGUCUGCAAUCUUUUCUGUUUUAGAAGUAAUGGUGAACUGUGUACAAUAAUGGUACCUUCCUUUGAGAGGAUAUGAGAAGUGACGUGGAUUGAAUAAUUAUUCAAAGUGUUAUAAACUGUGUGGUGUUUUCACUGUAUGAAAGUAUUCACAGGAGAGCUAGUCUUACUGCUUUUUUAAAAAUCAACACUUGUACAUUGCUAAAUUUAUGAAGCUUAUGCACCUGAGUUAGAGCAAAGUAAAUAUGCUCAGCUUAUAAACUAAAUCACUCCUGUCCCUUCUCUUCAGUUUUCUCACUUCUCUUUCUGAAAACUUUUACUUGCAACUAGAGUGAAUCACUGUUUAAUUGCCUUUAAUACUUUAAAACUCCUGGGUUGUUAGCUUCGUUUAACUGUAUGGAGAUCUAUUUGCAAACUUAAGUUGUGCAAAUGUAAUUUCUCCUUUUGGAUCUGUGCUGUAGCAACCCGGAGAGAGCUAGGCACACCGGCCGAGACCUCCGACUGAUGAGUGAUAAGAUUCCUUGUAAUGGAAAAUUUUUUUAACCUGUUGAUUAUGUGUCUGUUGGUAUAAAUGUAGUAAUAUAAUCCACCUCAAUUUUCCUGGAGUAACAACAGUCAGUUGGUAGUAACACGCCUGCUUGGAGGCGACAAGUGUUAACAGUAUUUCUGCUCUGAUCUUCCCAUUUUGGUUUCUUUAGACAGGUUUUUAGCAGAGUAGAGGUUGAAAGUUAGGAUGUAGGCUUUUUUAAAAAUUAUAUACUCGGUUCUUAGAGCAAAUGGAAUGGGAAGCAAGGAGUUGUUGAUAAAUCUGAUAUUCAAAAUAGUCCUAUUAAAACUUCGAAGCCAGAUACUGGCUUUAGAACUUUAUAAAGGUAUCUGACCACGUAGCCGGUAAAAGUUUUCAUGGAUAUUUGAAGGGGGUGGGGGAAUCUAUUUGUAAUAAUAAUUGUUCUUUUCUCAAGUUUCUGCCUUGUGCUUCGACCUGGAUUGCAUUAUUGUUUAUACAAAAAAAAAAAAAAAAAAAAAGGAAAGCACAGGAGUUUCAUAUAUAUUAUAUAUUUCUGUUUACCAUUUUAAAAUAAAAACAAUUUUCCCAACAAGCCUCAGCGUAUUCUUGCUCAGAAGUUCAUCUAUUCAUGUAUAGAGGUUAAUAAAAGCAGAAACAUAAAAAGAGUGGUGGGACAGCAUUCAUCAAUAUUUUAAACUGCAUCGCUGCUUUUAUUACUAUUACUGUUGCUGUAAGGUAAUAUCCUAACUUAACUUGAUCACUCACUAUUUGGCUUGGACCUUUCACAAAGCUAACAGUUUUUAAGAUGUUUGUUUUUAAUAUCUAAAAUACCUCCUGAGCUACAAGGAAAUCUGAAGCCAUUGUUAAGCUAUCAUUUUAUAAAAUAUACUUUAAUAUACUGUAAACAAAUGUUUUCCAAAAACAGUCUAGUGACAUUAAAUUGCUCCCAAGUCCCUAUAUAAGUCCUUGGUGUAUUAUGUCUAAUCUGAAAAUAUCCUGUUUACACGUAUUUUACAGCCUUCCCUUCUUUAAAACCUGUAACUCCUUUGAGAGAGUGUGAGUGACAAAAUAUGUUAACUGUAUUAUCAGGGCUAAUAAGUUAAAAAAUUUCUACACAUUUCUCUGGAUUACCUGGAGUCCCAAUCCAAACACAUGUGUCUCCAGUUACAAUCAUAGUUUUAUAACUGUAAACUGACAGGUUUCUAUAAUCCUGGUUCACUUAAGAAAGAUUACUAUUACAGAAAGUCUAAAAAUUUCUCAAAAACUUUCCCCAUGCCAUUAUAGGGAAAAAAUGUCUUUAAAUAAAUGUGAGACAUUCUCAUCUUUGAAAUAUGGGUGGCAAAAAAAAACGAUAAUAAUGGUGGUUAUUUUAUGAUUACUUAUUAGGGGCUGUAAUAAUAUAAAAUAAAAGACUCCAGGAGGUACUCCCUUUCAAAAAUUGAAUACUUUCCUUCCUUCCUUCCUUGUAUAGAGUGACUGAGUGGGAGUCUCUUGAAUUGUUCGUCUUCCUUUUAUCUAAUAUUCUAUUAAUCUCCAAAAAGAUCAGUUUGAGUCUGGGAAAGGGUUUUUAAUCAACACUUCACAGAGUUUAAAGCUACCCUACCUAAAGCGUCAGCUUUGUUAGGCGGUUUUAGAUUUAAAGCAUUGCAACUGUCAUGCACUGUACUAAAAGUAAAGAAUGUACACCAAGUGGAAGAUGUUGAAAAGAGGGAAAUAGCACAAAGUCGAUUAACGGAGAUUCGAGAAUAGAAGUAGCCAUCAAAGCAUUCCAACGUUUAUCUUGAAAUCUAUGUAGAGUUAAAAAAAAAAAAAAAAAGCAACAAUGAUAGUUUUAAACCUCACACUUAGGAGGGAUGAAUGUUGAUUUAAUUGAUUCAUUUGGAUCAAUGUUUUUAAAGUUUCACACCACUGAUCUUUCAUGUAGUGAUGUCUUUAGCAGUCAGUGGUCUGACAUGAGCCUUCUCAGAUUUCAUCAGUGGGACUCUCCAUGACAUCUAAAAUUAUGCAACAGCCUGUGCAGUGGUAACUUUGGAAUUGGGAGACCUCGAUGCCAGAGAGCAUGGUCAUAUUUAAGAACUCUUGUUAAUGCUUAGCACAAAGGUUUUAGGGAGUGGUAAUUGUAAAUGAACCAUAAAGGUUAAAGUGACCAAAUAUUAUAUAGUGGGCUUUAAUUGCUAGAUAGGAGAAAAUCAUCCUGAAAGUUUGACCAUUAAGUGGAUAUCGUGCAGUGCCCAGUAUUUUCCCCUUUAAUGGAAAAACUGGAAAAUGGAAAUUUGACUUAACCCAUGAGGCCUUCCAGGCAACUUUUCCCAGCCCUUUGCCUUGAGAUUUGUGGAAAACGUUUCACUAUAUUCUUUGUAUUGUUGGGUUGAGUUCUGUUUGAAACAUACAUGAAACAUGUUUCUAGAAAAAUCUAGAGAGGCCCUUCAUCUUUCUUUCUAGAGCAUUCAGCUUUUCUUCCUUGGCUAUUACAUAGGGUAAUAUGGGAGACUGUCAUAGGUAAAAUAAUGUUGAACUGUACUUUGUAACCAGCUUGCAGUACCAAUACAAAGAAUCUGAAAUGAAAAGACAACCAACACCCCAAGAAUGAUAUGUCUCUUUUUAAAGUUUACAAUUUGAAUAAUGAACUUGGAUAGAAACUUGGCAGGAAAACAAACCAUGGCACCAUCACAUCACCAACCAUUUUCACUUUUCUGUCCAAUUUCAGAGUGCAUGUGUUUGUGAGUAUUUCACUAGAUCAGUGACAGCUCUUUAUUUGCAUAAUUAUAUGCUCUGGUCUGAAGAGAAAACUAACCCCCAAAUUUCAUGGGUCACCAAACUGCAACAAUCAAUGUUUUAUCACGUAUGCUAAGCAAAAUCUAAGAAGCUAUAUGAAGUUUCUUGGGGAGUUUUUACUCCUCAGAAAAUUAAAGAGUUUUCCUCUUCUGAAUAGAUUCAAAAUCUUUCCAAGUUCUUUGUAACUGAAUUCUGUUUGAAGGCAAAACUAGAGAUUAACAUGUAGAUCUGGAUCUUAGACUCACUAGCAUUACUUCAAAGUGGCUUAAGAAGAGCAGCAUUUUUGGAACACUAAACUUUUAAAUUCUAAGUACUGUCCAUGCUACGAGGAAAAAAAUUAUUGGUCAAAUUAUGAUUGGUCAAAAUGAAGUCUGAAUUAACUACAAUUGACUGUAAAGUGGAUUUCCUUCUUUGAGGUAACUCAGGGUUUUUGUUUUUUUUUUUAAUAAAAGACCUAAUAGAAAAAUAUGUAUGUAUGCAUAUAUGUGUGUGUGUGCACAUACACACAUGUGAACAUCCAUACCCAUCCAUGGGGUAUAUAUACCCUUCCCACCAGAAAUAAACAAUACAUACAGUAUGUGUUUGUCUUUGCAGUGCCAGUUACAUAGUAGGUACUCAAUAUAUGUUGGGAUUGUUUGUAAACAUAUUUUCUUCUAAAUAAAUUUUCAUGUUCAAAUGCUUUAAGGCAUUGUAAUAAAUAUUUUUAAAUGCCCCAACUUCAUUUGCAUCUGUAAAUUCUGUCUGUAUGUAAUGUGUAUUUGUGUGUAAGGUUGGCUUUAUUCCAUUAAAGAAAAAUUGAUUUAAA